CCAUCGAGAAAAAGAUAACAUAUUUGCUCCUAUAUAUGGGGAAUCCAACUCUCUAGACUCCAAAAGAACAGUAUAUUGAACGAAAUUACCUACGGACGACGUGUCAGUAUCGAACCGUUUUUCACGGUGUACGCACAAUCAAUUGAACUAUUUCAAAAUGGCAACCAAAUGGGUUUGGACGAAUGCCCACGGGCCCUACCCGCCCAACAUGGUCUCCGGUGGACAGGAUAGUGACGGUGCACUGCUCUAUGUCGGUCGGGCAAAUCACGCCGGGGAUGUUCUUCCGGCCAAGGUGAUUCCCCAGAAAAAUGCCGCCUACAUCGCCUACGGUGGGGAGGAAGUGCUAGUCGAGAACUUCGAGGUGCUCUGCCAGAAGGAACUGAUCUGGGACAGCGCAACGGGCGGAAACAUUCCACCGGAUGCGGUCGUCGGUGGUAACACCGCCGAUGGGGAACCACUGUACAUCGGUAGAGCUUAUCACGAGGGAUCUCAAACCAUUGGCAAGGUGCAACGGUCACACGGAUGUUGCUACAUUCCUUACGGGGGAGCGGAAGUAUCGGUACCGACCUACGAUGUGCUGUGUGAGCGGUAAAAUGAAGUGCGUGUUCGAAUUUGAGAAUGAAUAAAUUUUAAGGGACUUGUUGGAGGUAGAUUGGUUGAUUUAUAAUUUCUUGUCUAACGGCUGGUAGCGACUGAGUGUUGCAAAAGCGAACGAAGUAGUGAACGAAUGCCUGAAGCUUUUCGUCGAGGAUUUCAAUAAACAAUUUCUCUGGAUUCUCUGGAACCUCUAGAAUUUUGGAAAAGGAUUCACUGUAAGCAGAAAAGGGAAAACAUGGCAUUAGAUUAUAGAGGCCAUUUUGGUCAAAACAGAAAAUAUAGAGAAUAUCCAUGAAAAAUAAA